UCGAUUCGCGAACGAGUGCACUCCUUGCCAUCCUGCAAAAUUUGCGACGAAAAGAAAGUCAAUCCGGGUGAGACAAGUCAUUCCGUCUCGGAGAACUGCACAGUGUGGUUCAACUCCCAGGUUGAUUUUGCAACGAUUGUGAUAAAGCCAAAGUUUGCCAAUUUCCAAGUUGCCCCAGAGAUAUCUGGUUGCUUAUCUCGUUUAAUAACACACAAUAUACCCUGCAAGCUUACAACUCAACUGUUGUUCUUGUUGCAUAAUUUAAAUAUAUAGCUAAAAUCAGUACACAUUUAAUUAAAUAAAUAAAUACACACGAAAAUUAAAAUGGAACGAGAUUUAUAUCCUAGAAGUUCCGAAGCUUCGGAGCACACUAUGCUCCAAUUUCAUGGAAAAUCCCGACCGCAGAUCAUAGCAUCACUCGUUGCGACGUUUGGGACCUUCUGUUCAGGAACAGUAUUAGCGUGGACGUCUACUGUUAAUCCACAACUGAAAGAAACAAAAGACAUUGGCAACUUGACAGACUCAAAUCUCUCUUUAAUAGCGUCAAUAGCUGUGAUUGGGGCCUUAAUUUCUGGUGCUGCUGCUGGAUUCUCGAUCGACAAAAUCGGAAGACGACUCACCAUAAUCCUAUUAGUCAUACCAUUUAUUCUGGGAUGGGGCUUGGUUGCAUUUGCACAAGAUUAUGCAGUAAUGUUGGUCGGGCGUUUCAUUACCGGAUUUUGUGCUGGAGCAUACACGUUGGUUGUUCCAGUCUACAUUUCCGAAGUAACGCAGGACCGACUCCGUGGAGCUAUGAGUAAUUGCAUGGUGGUCACUCUUGUUUCCGGAAUUCUUUUCUCGUAUGUUCUAGGAGCUCUAGUCCCAUGGAAGUGGCUUUCCAUAAUUUCAGGGAUCUUGCCAAUCUUUUUGGCGAUUGCCAUGUUCUUUAUCCCAGACUCGCCGAGAUAUCAAGUUGUGAAGGGAAUGCAAACCAAGGCAGCUGAAAGUUUGAGAUGGCUUCGUGGAGUUGACGAUGUGCGAGACAUUGAUGAUGAGCUAAAAGAGCUUCAACAUAGUGUGCAGGUUAGCAAGGAGGCAUCUGGGGGAUCUUUGUGUGAUAUUUUGAAGGCCCGUAAUAUGAAACCUCUAGCCAUCUGUCUAGUCCUUAUGAUUUUCCAACAAUUUGGUGGUAUAAAUGCAGUCAUAUUCUUCACGGUCGACAUAUUCAAGGCGUCAGGAAGUGACAUCAACCCCAACGUGGCCUCCAUAAUUGUUGGAAGUGUCCAAGUUGUAUGUGUGAUUGUGUCCACGCUUUUGGUUGAUAGAAUGGGGCGAAAAGUCCUAAUGUUUAUUUCGGAAACGGGAAUGGCCGUCAGCCUGGCCGCUUUGGGCGUAUUUUUUUAUUUGAAACAUGAUAACCACGACCAAACACCAGAGAAUCUUGGUUGGCUCCCCUUGCUCAGCAUGAUACUCUACAUCAUCACUUAUAACCUGGGAUGUGCAUCACUUCCGUGGACUUUUAUGGCUGAACUUCUUCCAAGCAAUAUUAAAGGAUUGGGGUCAGCCCUGGUGACGAGUACCUGUUGGUUCCUUGCAUUCAUUGUGACAUAUACAUUCGCAGAUCUACGAAAUCUGAUUGGUGAUCAUUUCGUAUUCGGGAUAUUUGGGAUAUUUAGCGUGUGUGGAGCACUCUUCUCUGCUCUCAUACUUCCAGAAACAAAAGGACUAAGCCUUGAUGAGAUACAGCGAUUGUUCUAAAUCAUAACCAUUGAUAAACAUCAAUUUUACAUUUGAAGCAUGUAAAUGGUAUUUUUAAAUCGCGCUAUAUCUAGCUUUAUUAACAACCUAAAUUUUUGUUAUAAACAGAUUUUAUAUUUUAUGUACAUAUAUGUCCACCAGCCUAAUUAAGAAAUUUAAAAACAUAUCUACUACGAAACUACGAUACAUUCAUUUAUUUAUUGAUGCCAUAUUUAUUUAUUUACUUGUAACAGUAACUCAUCAUGAAAUACAUUCCAAUAAUAAAUACUUGAAAAAAUA